CCCUCUUCCUCGUCCCUCAUUCGUUUCUUGCUCCCUUCUCCUCUCUCGACCGAAGCCUAAACGCUUCCAUACCUCUCUUUUCCUUUACACUUCGUCUGUGGUUGUUGGUGAAGCUAGAGCCGAGGGGCUCGUUCGGAGCUGGCUAAUCAACACGAGAUAGAAGUUGUAGAGACGGAGGAGGAGAGGAACAAGUGGAAGGUGCGAGCCCUGUAUGAGGCCUUGAACUCGUGGGACGUGGAGAAGGUGCAGGAGCUGUUGGCUCCGGACAUCGAGUGGUGGUUCCAUGGCCCCCCUUCUCACCAGCACAUGAUGCGCCUCCUCACCGGCGCCUCUCCCGCGGAGACAUUCAAGUUCGUUCCCCUGUCCAUCGAGGCCUUGGGCUCGACCGUCCUCGUCGAGGGCACCGACCCCGCCCGCUCCGUCUACUGGGUCCACGCCUGGACCGUCAGCGCGGAUGGGAUAAUCACCCAGGUGAGGGAGUACUUCAACACCUCCGUCACCGUCACCCGCGUCGGCUCCGGCGACUCUUCUUCUUCGACUUCCAAGGUGCCCAAGACUCACUGCCUGCCCGUCUGGCAGAGCAGGCUUCCCGACCAGGCCCGCAAGUCCCUCCCGGGCCUCGUCCUUGCCAUCUAAUCACGAUAAUAUCAUCAUAACUAGUUAAGCUGGUGGAAUAAUAAUAAUAAUAAAUAAUAAAUAAGAGCAGGGUGAAGCCCUGAUUCUGGUGGUUUUUUUUUUUUUUUGGGUGAAAGCCUUGAUUCUGGUGGCUGCUGGAUGGGCUGAGGUCUGGGUGUGUCUCCCCACUUUCUGGCUUUAAAUCAGGGGUUUGGUUA